AUGGACGCUUCCCAGUACCCUACCAAUGGUAUAAACACGACCUCGGCCUCUUACCCGUCGCCCCCCGCCAUCACGCCUCACCAACUUCAGCACACCAACUCCCCGCUGCCUCACCAGACUCUGCCGCCUUUGCAGCCGCAGACCUCCGCCGCCAUGAACCAGAUGUACGGCAGCAACCCUCACACGCCUCGCACUCCUGCUACUCCCAACACUCCGGGUUCGCAGAACAACAUGCCCGCCUACCCCCAGCAACAGCAGCAGCAGCCGGGUCGUGGCGGUCCUUACCAGCAGAUGGGCCAGUAUCCUCCCCCGCCCCAGGGCUACGGCACUCAGUCCAUGUUGCCCCAGACCACGAUGGCUUCUUCUCACCCUCAGCCCAUCGCACCCGCGCCCGCCUCUGGUCGCGUCCCUCCCGUCCUCCGUCCCAUGCCCGCCGGCGGCGUCAUGCCCCAGCCUGGUAUGAACUCCCCCUACGGACCUGGCGGUGUCAUGCCUGGCGGUCUUGGUGACGGCGACCAGCCCACUCACGUUGUCGGCUCUCAGGGUCGUCGUGGCAUCCUGCCCAGCGCGCCUGGACGUCCUGCUGCCACUCCCGCUGGCGCCGGUAACACCAAGAGCACUGUCAUUCCGGUCAAGGAUGCUGACGGCAAGUUCCCGUGCCCUCACUGCACCAAGACCUACCUCCAUGCCAAGCACUUGAAGCGUCACCUUUUGCGCCACACGGGCGACCGCCCUUACAUGUGCGUACUGUGCCGCGACACUUUCUCGCGAAGUGACAUUCUCAAGCGUCACUUCCAGAAGUGCUCCAUUCGCCGAGGCAACCCGACUGGUGCUAGCCACUUGUCCCACCCUCAGGCUCAUGUCAAGAAGAAUGCUGCUGCCCAGAAGGCGGCUCUUGGUCAGGAUGGCGGUCUCAACCACCUCAAUGGUCUGGGUAACAUGCCUGGUGAUGGCAUGGUUCAGCCUUUUGGUAUGAUGCCUGUGCAGGACGGAAUGAGCAACCUUGCAAACGAUCAGAGUCAGUUGUCGCGCUCCAGCAGCCUGACUAGGCUUGAUAAUGGCAGUAACCAAGACAGACGGGAUUUGACAGGAUCUGUCAUGGAUGCUUCUGGCCGAGGUGGCAACUUCGAGCAGGCAUACAACGGCAAUGUCCCUAGCUCCAUGACGCCCAAUAUGAAUCAACAGAUGCAAAACUACAAUAUGCCCCCGGGUCAAAAUGGAAUGUCCAUGUAUGGCGGGUCGAACUCGAACCAACAAUCGGGCCUUGAUUGGUCUCAAAUGUUCCAGGCUGGUCCUCCUGGCCCCCAAAACCACCCCGAAUCUCUCUUCUUCUCGACCUGGGGCGUGCCGCCAUCGAUCCAGGACCCCUUCACUCAACUCUCCAACCAGAUCCUCAACUUCUUUUAUCCUCCAGGUUCCCCGAUAACCAACGAAAGCGCCGGCUUCAAUCUAUACUUCUCGGCCGAAAACAUACGUGACUUUUUGGAAAAGUACACCCACUUCCAUGUCCACUUUCCUAUCCUCCAUACCCCCACGUUCCGCAUCAUGGAAUCUUAUACAGGCUUGCUGGCUGGCAUGUGCUGCAUCGGCGCUUGCUACUCGGAUCGUCUCUCUCCAGAUCACGUGCGCGAUAUGAUGAAUUUCCUCAGAACGGCACUGGUCCGGGAUGUGCAUUUUCUGGCUACGACGGUGGGCAAGCAGCAACAAAAUGGUAAUGUUAACGCUGGCGGCGACUCGAGUAACGGUCAACGUGAACUUGAGGAGCUUCAGGCCGUUAUGCUGCUCCAAAUUUUGCUGAUCUGGAACAGCACUCCUCAGCACCGUGAGAGUGCUCGUGAGAUUUUCCCAGCCAUGGCGGAGCAGGCUCGCAGGCUUCGUCUCUUGGAGGUCUCCACCAGAAUGCCCCUCUUCAGUCCGCUGCACCAGAGCAACUUUACCCCUCAGAACUUCGACGUCUCCACAUUCGAUUGGGGUGUGUGGGUUGAACAGGAAAAGCGGAUACGCCUCAUGCACAUCAUCUUCCUUUGUAACUCCGCCAUGGAACUCUAUUUCAACGCCCGCUCUCACAUUGACAGUCUGGAAAUGCAUAUUCCGCUGCCAUCCGAUGAUGCCGCAUGGGAUGCACGGACGAAGAAGGAUUGCGAGGACACUCUUGGUCUGCAUGGAGAGGAGCUGGCACGACAGAAGAAUCCUAACGGGACGCAACGCAGCAAGCAGCCUGAGAUGAGUUAUGCCCUCCAAGCAUUGCUACAUGGCUCGUAUCAGAUCCAGCCAGGCAGGACGAACCUUUACGGCAAGUUCAUUCUCAUACACGCCAUUCUAUCGUUGAUCCGACGCGCUCAGUUGGACGGCAGUGCCGUGAUGAAGGGGUACGCGACGCCUCCCAUGAGCGACUGGAUAACGAGUGGAGGGUCAGAUGCCAAUGGCGCCAACAGCGGCAGGGGCACACCAGUUGACCCUGCUCUCCAAGGCAUUCCGGCCCACGUUUAUGACUCGUUGCGAAUGGCAUUGCAAAAGUUCAAGACCAACUGGGACGCGGACAUGGUCAAUCAAUUUCCACCUGGAUCGGCGAAGAAUGCUCGCCGAUAUGGGUUCUCUAGGGAUGGUAUCCAUUUCUACUGGCUUGCCAAGUACCUUCUUAAGCAUACACGGACAUCGGAGUUACAGAUGGACCCCGACGCGCGGUUCAUCCAGGUGAUGCAUCUGCUCAAGUCAGUGAAGGCUUGGGUGAUGUCGGACGGGGCAACACGGGGCGAGGAACUGGGAUCGGUUGGAGAAAUCGACAAGGAUUUUGGAGUGGCGAACCUGACACUCGACAUGGCACGACUUUUUAAACCUCUUCCGGCGGUGGUGGAGGAUCCAGGAAUACCUUCUGUUCAAACGAAUAUCGGUACGGCGGGCGGCGGCAUGCUCUGA